GGCCCCGCAACAGAGCCAGGCUGGCUUGGGGGUUGCCCCGGCCCUCAGCAGAACCCGAGAUCCGUGCCGAGCAAACCCCGCGGCCAGAAUCGCCGAGGAUUGCCCCAGCAGAAGCGGGAAGAGACGGUGCCCCGUACCGUUCUCCGCCGCCUCUCCCUCGGGCGAGCUAGGAAGGGCGGCCUGCCCCGUGCAGCGCCUCCCGUCCUAUCGGGGCCCUCUGCGAACGGGAAGGGCGCUUGCGCGUUACACGCGCCGAGCCGGCGCUUCUGGGCCUAUUUGCCACCCGCCCUGCCGCAUUUGUAAGCCCGGCCGGAAAGGAAGCCUCGCCUCGGUCACUCCCGAGAAAGGGAGGGACGCGUAGCGGCCACGCAGAUUAAAAUUGCACGUGAAGUUGUUGACGUGAAUGCAUAAAUACUGCUAUGCACUCCUCAAGGCAACAUCAUUUUAAAUGUCUCCUAAAUGUGUAAUGCUGGUGGAACGCUUUUGCAGAUUGAAAUUGGCAGACCAUUGAAAGGACUUGCAACAUGUUAUGUUGGGGAAAUGCAUCUUUUGGACAACUUGGAUUGGGCGGUAUUGAUGACGAGAUUGUCCUGGAACCCAGAAGAUGCAGCUUCUUUGUAAACAAAAAAGUUCAAGAUGUUGGCUGUGGACUGAGGCAUACUGUGUUUGUAUUGGAUGAUGGGACUGUGUAUACCUGUGGAUGUAAUGAUUUAGGACAGUUAGGCCAUGAAAAAUCUAGAAAACGACCAGAGCAAGUUGGUGCCUUGGAUGCUCAAAACAUUGUCACUGUUUCUUGUGGAGAAGCCCACACGUUAGCAUUAAAUGACAAGGGUCAAGUCUAUGCCUGGGGUUUUGCUGCGGAUGGGCAGCUGGGCUUACCUGGCGCUGAGGAAUAUACCAGAGUCCCCAGGAACAUUAAAAGCUUAUCAGAUAUUCAAAUUGUACAAGUGGCCUGUGGCUACUGCCAUUCCCUUGCACUUUCUAAAGGAAGUGAAGUUUUUUCCUGGGGUCAGAACAAGUAUGGACAAUUAGGAUUAGGUUAUGAAUAUAAAAAACAAACAUCUCCACAAAUAAUCAAAUCUUUAUUAGGCAUCCCUUUUGGCCAAAUAACAGCAGGUGGCGCCCAUAGCUUUGUACUUACUCUUUCUGGAGCAGUCUUUGGAUGGGGCAGGAACAAAUUUGGACAACUUGGUCUUAAUGAUGAAAAUGAUAGAUACGUCCCCAAUCUUCUGAAGUCACUAAGAUCCCAAAAAAUCGUUUAUAUCUCCUGUGGAGAAGAUCAUACUGCAGCUCUUACAAAGGAAGGUGGAGUGUUUACUUUUGGAGCUGGAGGCUAUGGACAAUUAGGUCAUAACUCUACUGCGCAUGAGAUAAACCCCAGAAAAGUUUUUGAACUUAUGGGGAACAUUGUCGCACAAAUUGCCUGUGGAAGGCAACACACAUCUGCAUUUGUUCCCUCAACUGGAAGAAUUUACUCUUUUGGUCUUGGAGGAAAUGGACAGUUAGGCAUGGGAACAACCAGUAAUAGGAAAAGUCCCUUUCCAGUAAAAGGAAAUUGGCUUCCAUACAGUGGCCAAAUUCCACUGAAUUUAGAUGAUGAAGAUUAUUAUUGUGUAAAGAGGAUUUUUUCUGGUGGAGACCAAAGCUUUUCACAUUAUGUUACUCCACAGGAUUUGGUACCAGCAGAUGACUUCAGAUAUCCGAAUACUUCAAAACAAAUCUGGACUGUGAACGAAGCUUUCAUUCAAAAAUUAAUAAACUAUUCAUCUUCAGGUGCAGGGAGGCUCCCUGUGGAGAUAGCAAAUGAAAUAGACGGAAUGUUUUCUUCUGCUGGCUGCCUAAAUGGAAGCUUUUUAGCUGUCAGCAAUGAUGAUCACUACAGAACGAGUGCCAGGUUCUCGGGGGUGGAUAUGAAUGCUGCCAGGCUUUUAUUUCACAAACUUAUACAGCCUGAACACCCACACAUAUCUCAGCAGGUGGCAGCCAGCUUGGAGAAGAAUCUUAUUCCUAAACUGACCAGCUCCUUGCCUGAUGUGGAAGCAUUAAGACUAUUUCUAACACUGCCAGAAUGCCCCUUAAUGAAUGAAGCAAACAAUUACAUGACUUUGGCUAUUCCAUUUGCAACUGCUAUCGUGAAUCUAGAAAAAGCUCCAUUGAAAGUACUUGAAAACUGGUGGUCUAUAUUGGAACCUCCAUUGUUCCUCAGAAUAGUGGAACUUUACAAAGAUGUUGUAGUCCACCUUCUGAAACUGUACAAGUUGGGUAUCCCGGCUUCAGAGCAAAGAAUAUUUGCAAGCUGCCUACAUGCUUCGCUCAAAGUUUUGGAAAUAUUACAUAGGGUGAACGAAAGAAGUGGGCAGAUAAUACAAUAUGAUAGAUUCUACAUACAUGAAAUACAGGAUUUGAUCGAUAUAAGAAAUGACUACUUCAACUGGAUCCAGCAGCAGGCAUAUGGAAUGGAUAUCAGCCAUGAGGUGUCAGAUGGACCAGUUACAAUUUGCACCUAUCCCUUCGUAUUUGAUGCCCAGGCAAAGACAACACUCUUGCAAACAGAUGCAGUCCUGCAGAUGCAGAUGGCUGUUGACCAGGCUCACAGACAGAAUUUCUCAUCUAUUUUUCUCCCAGUAUUUGAAUCUGUCAAUCCAUGUCUGAUCUUAAUUGUGCGCAGAGAAAAUAUUGUGGGGGAUGCCAUGGAAGUUCUAAGGAAAACAAAAAAUCUAGAUUACAAGAAACCUCUCAAGGUUAUUUUUGUAGGUGAAGAAGCUGUUGAUGCAGGUGGAGUCCGCAAAGAAUUUUUCUUGCUUAUUAUGAGAGAACUGCUAGAUCCCAAGUAUGGAAUGUUUAGAUAUAACGAAGAUUCGAGACUGAUCUGGUUCUCAGAUAAGACCUUUGAAGACAGUGACUUGUUUCAUCUGAUUGGUGUUGUUUGCGGACUGGCAAUAUAUAAUUUUACUAUUGUAGAACUUCACUUUCCACUGGCUUUAUAUAAGAAGCUUCUGAACAAGAAACCUUCCCUGGAAGACCUCAAAGAGUUAAUGCCUGACGUUGGCAGGAGUAUGCAACAAUUGCUAGAUUAUCCCGAAGAUGAUGUGGAAGAUACUUUCUGCCUCAACUUUACAAUUACAGUUGAAAACUUUGGUGCCACAGAAGUUAAAGAGCUAAUUCCAAAUGGUGCUGAUAUCCCUGUUGUCAAACAGAAUAGGCAAGAGUUUGUGGAUGCCUAUGUGGACUACAUCUUCAAUAAAUCUGUGGCUUCUCUCUAUGAUGCAUUCCAUGAAGGCUUUCACAAAGUGUGUGGCGGUAAAGUUCUUCAGCUGUUUGAACCUAACGAACUGCAAGCAAUGGUGAUUGGGAACACAAACUAUGAUUGGAAAGAACUAGAGAAGAAUACUCAAUACAAAGGAGAAUAUUGGGCAGAACAUCCAACAAUUAAAUUGUUCUGGGAAGUUUUUCAUGAGUUAUCACUGGAAAAGAAGAAACAGUUUUUGUUGUUUUUGACAGGGAGCGAUCGUAUUCCUAUACUUGGAAUGAAGAGCCUUAGUCUUAUUAUCCAACCAACUGGAGGUGGAGAUGGAUAUCUUCCAGUAUCUCAUACAUGUUUUAAUCUCCUUGAUCUUCCAAAAUAUACCAACAAGGAAAUACUCAGAUCGAAGUUGAUCCACGCAAUCGAUCACUGUGAAGGCUUCAAUUUAGUAUAAUGUAAAAACUCAGCACCAUCCAAUCAUUUAAUUGGGAACAUUAAGCCAAUGCUUAGAUCUGCUUUGCAGUGUAAAUGAGUGAUACCCAAGUGGUGAUGAUUAUAAGAAGCUUGUUCAUAAACUAUGUUCAGUGAUCUGAUUCUUUCACAGGAGCCAAAAAUCCUUAUAUUAAUGAUUGUCUUGAUGCGAACUGUGGAAUUGCAUUUUGCCAUCUUAAUAAAUGCAAUGUUGGAAUAAACACAA